AUGCCACGCGCCGUCCUGAUUGGUUUCGCGCUCUUGGCUCUCGCCGCCGGCCCCGCGUCCGCCGCCCGCCCUUCUGCGUUCAGCGACGUCGCCCUCGAGGCGGACGAGUCCGAGGCGGCCUCUGAGGGCGUGGGGGCGGAUCGCGAGGACGCUGGGCAGAAGGUGGCGCUCGGAGUUCUCGGGCGCGGGCAGGUGGUCAAGCAGCGAGAGGCAGAGGACCAGCUUGGCCCUUGCGUGGACGGUGUGUGCCACACGUGCGCGGAGGUUGAGAAAAUGGACCCGGAGGCGUUCGACAAGGAUGAGGCACUCUUGGAGACCAUUGGCUCUUUGAACGCAGAGAUCGCUGGGCAGGCUAAUGCGAGCAGGACAGGUGAGGUCGGCAAGUGGGACAAGUUCAAGUCUUGGUGCUGCGACAAUACAAGGUCACCCGAAUGGACGGAUUCAUUCUGGGUAUUCCGCGUCACGGAGAACGCGUUUGAUGCGAGCUAUAGAUUGAAAAAUGCAAACGCAGUGAAUUACGCUGGCUUGUUCAAGUUCAUUACUGGUGGCGGGGCCAUCAGGCCUGGCGGCGGAUGGGACGUGGCAGCGUUCCAGAUCCAAGUCAACCGCAAGCUUACCUCCGACUACUACCACUGCAACGGAGGCAAAACCGAGUUCAGGUUCGUUGGUCAUCACUGGACAGACAUUCGGGCUCUCCGCUCGACGUACUACCGAGUUGGGAUUGAGCAACCCGCCGCCUCAAUUCAGACGUCGAGAUGCGGCAGGGCGUCUCCGUGCUAUAAGGAUUACUGCGUGUCAGAGGUCGUAGCGGAAGACAGGAUUCAGCGUUGUCUUCAGGGGCAUGUGGAUAAAACACAAAUGCGCAGUCGUGUUUCUACGCCUUCACGCCAGAGGGCGAGGGCGUUUCGUACACAAUCGAGACCAUCCGCGUAA